CUUUUGUUUUCUUCUUUUUUGUUUUUUUCACCCUGUCAAUAGGGGACGAUGGGACAGGCGGCAUCCCGGGCAGAGUGCGUCAGCUGUACACCUCUUGAAUGUUUUCUGAAGAAUUUUCAGGAUUUUCAGCGAAGAGCACGACCUUACGGUUUUACUGUUAAUUCUUUUGAUUUACAGAAAUUCUGUGAACAAGAGUGGCCGACCUUCGGUGUGGGCUGGCCACCAGAGGGCAGUACUCAAAUUCCAUUGGCAAAUCGGGUGCAGGCUGUGAUCUUUGGGAACCCGGGGCACCCGGAUCAAAUUCCUUAUAUUCAGAUUUGGAGUGAUAUACUAGCAGAUAAUCCCAGGUGGUUACGAAAUUGUAAAAAGAGGGCCUAUCCACCAAAGGCAGUUAUGGUAUCGAAGGUGGUAGAUGGGCAGAAGGGGAGACAGGCGGAACGCAAGCUGUAUCCAGUGCUCACGGGACUUGAGGAGGACCCCCUCCUGGAGGAACCCCCCCCUUAUGUCACUGCUCCCUCUCGAACGCCGGGGGACUCUGAUACGGAGCCUCAGAGCCCCACUGACUCAGCUAGCCCGGCACACACUCGCAGUGGUUCCCAAUAUCAGCCGGCACCCAGCCCCACGGCUGAAGCUCCAGCCCCUAUUCUUCCUUUGCGACAGGCACCUAUGAGUCCUGGAUUGGACCGUCCUCCUUUUAUGAUUUAUGUCCCUUUUUCCACUAGCGACUUGUAUAAUUGGAAAAACCAGAAUCCUUCUUUCUCUGAGAAACCACAGGGGUUGAUAUCUCUUUUGGAGACAAUUUUCUUUACUCAUCAGCCGACCUGGGACGAUUGUCAGCAGCUCUUGCAGGCUCUCUUCACGUCUGAGGAGAGAGAAAGAAUCCGGAGGGAAGCUGCCAAGACCAUUCCCGGUCCUGAUGGACAGCCAGCUACUGAUCCUGCCCGGAUAGAACGUGUAUUUCCCUCUAUGCGCCCUGACUGGGACCCUAAUGAGAAUGAAGUUCCAUUCCAGAUACAGCCUGGAGACCUCGUCUGGGUAAAGAAGCUUCAACCCGCUGCUUUGGAGCCCAAGUGGACUGGACCUUUGCCAGUAAUCCUCACCACCCCGACGGCUGUGAAAGUAGCGGGGAAGCGCCAUUGGAUCCAUUAUACCCAGAUCAAGAAGGCGACUCCAGACCAAAUCCCAGGAGAACACUGGAUGGCUCAACCCACCGAAAACCCGUUAAAGAUAAGGUUAUUAAAACAUUCCUCUGGGGCAUCCUAGUCGGUGUAGUGGGAGCGAGUCCCCACCAACCUAUAAAUUAUACUUGGGUGCUCAC